AUGAAUGACAUGAACCUGAGUCCAGUGGGUAUGGACCAGCUCAGUGUCCCCUCAGUGAGCUCCAGCCACCUGGGUCUACCCAGUUCUCCCACGCACAAUCCAAUCCCCACCCCAGGCAUGCCUGUGGCUAUCCCCAGCCUGGGUCCUUCCCUCGGCUCCCUCCCCUCUGCGCUCUCUCUGAUGCUUCCCAUGGGUCCGCUGGGUGAUAGAGGGGUGAUGUGUGGCCUUCCUGAGAGGAAUUACUCCCUGCCUCCUCCUCCAUAUCCCCACCUGGAGAGCAGUUACUUCCGACACCUACUGCCAGGUAUUUUGUCCUACCUGGCUGACCGUCCGCCUCCUCAGUAUAUACAUCCCAGCAGCCUUAGCAUGGAUGGCUCCCUGUCUGUUUCCAGCAACAAUCCCUCUAGUUUGGACCCCUACAGUGGAACUGGGGGCCCACUGGAGCAAGGCCUGGUGCCCAUGGAUACAAGACAGGUCAGCGGUCAGGGAGACCUUCACCAGGCUGGCCCUCAUGAGCUGGACUCAACAGGGCUGGCAAUGGAGUCUCGUGUUAACAGCCCCCUGUCCCCUGACCGGAUGGGGGAGGAGCUUACCAACAUGGAUGGGGUCGGGGUGGUGGCGGUGUCCGACGCCCAGCAGCUCGGUGGAGGAAGGCAGCCUCAGCCCCAUGAAGCCCUGACAGGGGUGGACUCCUCUGGUGGGGUGAUGCCACUUCAUGGACCUCCUGUGUUGGAACUGCCUGUGGUGAUGGAGUCGGAUCACAUGGGAGGCAGAGUGGGAACCUCCGGGACGGGAGGAGGAGGAGGCGGUGGGCUCGGGGAGCAGCUCCACGGGAAUGGAGAAAUGAACCCCGGCGUGGUGAGCGUAGUGCUCACAGGCUCCAUGUCCAACCAGAGCCAACUUGAACCUGUGUCUCUCCAUGGACACACCGGGAUGGGUCUGGAGGCAGUGAAUGUAUCCUCCAUCACUGCUGAGGUGUCCUUAGGUGCAGAAAACAACCUGGUCCUCGUCAACCCCACCCUGCAACUGGAGGAUCCUGCUCCCAAUAAGGAGAACAUGGCCGCUCCCUGCUCCAUCUGGUGCACGCUGUGUGAGCGCUCGUAUACCUCAGACUGUCCGGAGCACGGCCCGGUCACCUUUAUCCCUGACACGCCCAUCCAAAGCAGGGCUCGCCUCUCUCUGCCGCGUCCUCUCUGUCUUCGUAUCUCUGUGACUGAUGAGCCACUUGGAGUAUUUGCACGGGACGUCAUUUCUCCAAGGACCUGCUUCGGACCGAUGGUUGGCCAGCACUGUAGCAACGUGGAUCUCUCUAAUUGGCCCGAAAAGGAUGCACCUCAGAUUUGGAAGAUGUACCACAACAAUGUGCUGGAGUUCUACAUUGUGACGACAGAUGAGAACGAGUGCAACUGGAUGAUGUUUGUGCGCAAGGCGAGGAGCCAAGAAGAGCAGAACCUGGUGGCCUACCCAGCCAACGGUAAACUGUUCUUCUGCGCAACCACAGAGAUUCACCCUGACCAGGAGCUGCUCUUCUACUACAGCCCAGACUACUGCAGGCUGAUGGGUGUUCCUCAGGUACCUGAUGGCCAGAUCUGCCAGUGUGGCAAAGAGUGCUCAUCAUUCUCUGAGUUAAAGUCUCAUCUCAACAGCCAUAAUAGUAACCACAGCCAUUCCCAGCCUCCUCACUGCCACAGCCCAUCGCUUCAGCACCACGCUCAGACGCAGCAACAGCAACCAGCACCACCUCAGCAGCAACAAGAGCUGCAACCACAGCAGCCUCAACACGUUCCCUCUGAGGAGAAACUCCUCAACGGCACGUCAAGUUCCUCGUCCUCACCUUGGCCCUGUAACAAUCCCGCCGCAGGACAAACAAAUGGCGACAGCAGCCGCAACGGGAACUCCAACAAUGCUGCCACCAGAGGUAAAGGCCAGGGCAGCGUGCGGGAGAAGAAGUUCAAAUGCAGCAUGUGCUCUCGGGCAUUCAUCACCUCCACUAAGCUAAACGUGCACUUCAUGGGGCAUGUGGGGAUGAAGCCUCAUAAGUGUGAGUACUGCAGCAAGGCGUUCAGUGAUCCCAGCAACCUCAGGAAGCACCUCAAGAUUCACACAGGUCAGAAGAACUUUAAAUGCACAGUUUGUGGGAAGUCAUUCACGCAGAAAUCUCACGUUGCUUCACAUAUGCUCAUCCACACCGGUGCAGAGAAACUCAAGUGUGACCUUUGCGACAAAUCAUUUAUCCGCAAACAAGACCUGAGACAACACAUGUUCUCUCACACAAAUGAGCGCCAGAUUCAGUGCACAAAGUGCAACAAGCACUUCCUGAAAACCAACCACCUGAAGAAGCACAUGAACUCUCAUGAGGGUAAAAGAGACUUUGUCUGUGAGAAGUGCCACAAAGCUUUCCUCACUAAAUACCACCUCACACGUCACCUUAAGAUCUGCAAAGGGCCCAAGAGAGACAGAACGACUCGAAAGGAGCAGAGUGCUUUAAAGGAAGAGGAGGAGGAAGACGAGGAAGAAGACGAGGAGGAAGAAGAGGAGAAUAGAGGAAGAAGAGGAGGUGUAGAGAGACUGAAUGAUGAGGAUUAUGGUUUAGAUGUUGGAGGUUAUAACUCUGAAAAAUCCCUUUCCCCUCCUCAUUAAGACAGAGUGCCUCUUGGAAUAUUUGUUUUAUUUAUUUACUGUAUACAUUGCUAUAUACAUUUUACACAUAUAUGCCACAUUCUACAAAAAAGUGAUGCUACAUUAUAUGAUGUAACAAUUAUUUUAAAAUUCUUCUAAAAUAUUAUUGCUGCUAUAGUAUUAUAUAUGUAAAAUUCUGUUUAUUAUGCCUUGUCUGUUUUAAUAUUUCUUGAGUUUAUUGGUUAUUUUAUAAUGUCUUGACAUUGUUGUAACUAUUAACCUACUUAUUUUACAGGAAUUGCCAUUUUCUGUACCAGAAAAGGGCUUCUGUGUCAGUGUUUUGUCAAAUGUUUUA